CAGUUCCAGGCAUCAGGCUGUACUGGCGCCACCAGAAGGCUUAGCCCAGCAGCUGGGGGAGGGGGCUAGUGGAGGCGAGGGGGGAGAGUGCAUGGGUGGCUGUGCCAAAUCAUGGCACAGAGAAGCACCAACCCCACCCAUCAAUUUAACUUUGUGGCUCAGGAUCAGAUCUGGAAAUGUCACGUUGAAUCUGAACUUGAAGCUGCAAAGAAAUGGUCCAUCAAAUGGGGUUUUUUAACAACACCUUUUGAGGAGUUGAUAAAAGAUGAAAAGAAAGAACCUACUAAGAUGAAGAUAGAACUUCCAGAACAUUUACAAAUCCGACCUGUGACACCAGUGGAAAAAUACAUCAAGGUCUACCCAUCACCUCCAAUCCCUAAAACAACUCAAGGAUUUAUAGGCUGGAGAUCAUCUGUGCCAGGGCUGGAACUUGAACGUUAUUAUCAGAUCAGAAGCUGCAAAGGUGCCUUUCACAAGGAUCUGAAGUGGCCCGAUGAACCCUCUGAUUGACAUUAAGAAAUAAUGAAUAGGCAUAUUGAGCCAUUUUUUCUUAAUCUAAGUUAAUCUUCAGUAGAACAAAUGUCAGAUUUGCAUAAAUUGAUAUUAGAGCAUAAACAUUUGUGCAUAAUUUCAGCAAUAUAUUAGAUAAGAUGUGUAUGUGAGAAAUUCAGCAUGUUACUUGUUAAUCUGUUACUGAAGUCUACAGUAUACUUACAUUUUGGAAUGUUUUUUCCACAAAGGCAGCUCCAAUUUAAACACCUCAUAUUCUGCAAUGAGUUUUCCUGUAAAAGAAACCUAGGAAGAUAGCUAGAAGUGUGCUGCUUAAACAAUCUCCAUUACAAUUCAUCUAUGACAAGCUGAAUGUGCUGGUGAUUCAUAUGUGUGACUAAGCUAUACAUUACUAAAUACAUUGUAUAUUGCAUCGUAUAUGCUUUGCAGGUAGUUUAUAUAAUGAACACAUCUGUGUUAUUUAGUGGAUCCCAGUUGAGCUGCCUGAUCAGUAUAAGUCAUCCAUAGAAAUACUAUUUAUUUGCAUGCAAGCAGGUUAUUUUAGUAUCAGAACCACUUAGAUGAAUGAUCAGAAAGUUAUCGUAUGUAUGAUGGUGAGCAUUUAACCAUAUAUAAUAAUACAAUGAAUUCUCAAGUAUUUAAAUUUCAGUGAUUAUAUUACAAUAAUUUACAUCCUCUAGAGCUGGUCAGAGACUCAGAAAUAGUUUGUAGAAUAAACUGACAAAAGAGACAAAAUUGGCUAAAUACAAAUAUUUGUAUAACAUUCAAACACCUCCAAAGCCAUCCAGCAAUGCGCAAAACAUGUACAUUUUGCAUAAGCAAAGACAAUGACUCAUGUCUCAACCAAAACCAAUCAAAAAAUCCUCACACUAUUUUUUUCAAAAAUGUUGUGGGUUUGAAAAGAAAAUCAAAGAAACCUAUUAGCUUUGCCUAUAGGUCACUGGACAGCCAUUGGGUUACAGAGUUGCUCACUCUUUGAUUGAAAAUGCUUGUCAUGUGACAUUUAGACAGAGCGCACCCUGUGUCCCCAUUUAUCAAACAAGCACAUUAGUCUCACAGUUGCAUAGCUGAGCAUAAUAUAACAUGCAUGUUUAAAAUUAAAAGCACUUUGAUACUGCACAUAAAUUAGGCCUGAAUGCAAACUGCAGGAGGUUUCUUUGUCCCACUUGAUGCCUGAGAGGGCCUGAUCCACCUAAACCUUAAUUCUACACUGUAUCUGAGCCAUGCACCAAUGCAGUUCACACUUUAAACUGGUGCAGUGUAGCUCAACCUUAUGAAUUCCCCUGUUCAGAUAUAAUGGUUUAGUGAUCCCAGGGAAAACAUGCUGUAGCAGGGUACAGCCCUCUCUUACUGGGUGAACACUUCCACACACGUCACCUAGCUGAAUGUUCAUUACAGGGCCAUUAUAAAAUGAAGAAUAACUGGCUAGACAGUAGGACUGCUGAAAAGGAUAUGGCGGUAAUAGUGAGUCACAAAUAAAAUAUAAACCAACAAUGUGGUGGUGGUGUAAAAAAAAGGCUAUUAUAACUCUAAUAACAGUGUAUUAACAACAGUGUAUUAACAACAGUGUCAAAUGUAAGAAACAGUUGUCCUGCUCUACUCACGCUGUUGAGGCCUCAGUUGGAGUACUGUGUCCAGUUUUGUAUACCACACUUUAGGAAAGAUGUGGCUCAAUUGGAAAGAAUCCAGAGGAGGGCAAAACAAGUAAUUAAAGAUAUAAAUAACCCUGACUUAUGACGAAAGGCUAAAAAGCUGGGCAAGAUUAGUGCUGAAAAAAGAAAACUGAUUGAGUUGAUAACAGUUUUGACAGCUGCUAUAAAGAAGCUGGUGAUCAAUUGCUCUCCAUGUCCAUUGAGGGUAGGACAUGAUGUAAGGGACAUGAUCUACAGCCAGGGAGAUUUAGAGUAGGUAUUAGGAACAACUUUUGUAACUCUAAAAAUAGUUACGUAAUUGAAUAAGUUUACAAAGAAGGUGUGGAAUCCCCAUCAUUGAAGGUUUUUAAGAAAAGGUUGGACAAACAACUACCAGGAAAUGUCUAGGUUUACUAAGUCCUACCUUAGUGCAUGGGGGCUGGACUUGAUUAAUUUGUGAGGCCCUUUCCAGCCCUAUAUUUUCAUGAUUAUUUUUAAUUUACAGCCAUUUUGAGGUAUUUAAACUAGUGAAGAUAUUUGAAAUUAAGGAAGAUGUUAAAAAUCCCAGAAAUUAACACAGAUGAUGCCCCUGAACCUCCCCCCUCCCCCGCCCCAAAUUCUCCAUUUGUAUUAAUCCUAUCAAAAC